AUGGCGCGGCAGCUCGCCCGGGAGCAAGGCAUCACCCUGCGCGGGAGUGCCGAAAUCGUGGCCGAGUUCUUCUCAUUUGGCAUCAACAGCAUUUUGUAUCAGCGCGGCAUUUAUCCCUCUGAAACCUUCACUAGAGUGCAGAAAUAUGGACUCACCUUGCUUGUAACUACUGACCCUGAGCUUAUGAAAUACCUAAAUAAUGUGGUGGAACAACUAAAAGAUUGGUUGUACAAGUGUUCAGUUCAGAAACUGGUGGUAGUCAUCUCGAAUAUUGAAAGUGGUGAGGUCCUUGAAAGAUGGCAGUUUGAUAUUGAGUGUGACAAAACUGCCAAAGAUGACAGUACACCCAGAGAGAAAUCUCAAAAAGCUAUCCAAGAUGAAAUCCGCUCAGUGAUCAGGCAGAUCACAGCUACAGUGACAUUUCUGCCGCUGCUGGAAGUUUCUUGUUCAUUUGAUCUGCUGAUCUAUACAGACAAAGAUUUGGUUGUACCUGAAAAGUGGGAAGAGUCAGGACCACAGUUUGUCAUCAACUCCGAGCAAGUCCGCCUGCGCUCCUUCACCACCACCAUCCACAAAGUCAGCAGCGUGGUGGCCUACAAAAUUCCUGUCCUGGAGUGAGCGGGGGCCGCGGACAAAACCGUGGUUCUCAAAUGUGUGCUUCUUGAAACCAGGCCAACUGUAGUUUGUGAUGUAUUUCACCGAUUAAUUUUUAGAGGGGGAAAGCUUAACAUUAUAUACUGAACUGUGCAUAAUUGUUCCAUUUUUUGAUACCUGUUUAACUUUCCCUAGAGGUGACAUAGCUUUUUGCAUACUGUUCAGAAGGAAGUCAGCAGGGGACAUGAGCACUGUCAUACCAUUUUCUCUGAGGGUGGUAACUAGAUGGGAAAACUUCUCCUAUACUCAGAAUAUAGAUAAAUAUGAAACACAGCAGAAGAAACCUGAAUAUUCAGAAUUUUUAUUUAGGUCCUAAAGCAACUGAUAACCCACAGUAACAAAAUAUUGCUAUUAGGUCC